ACGUUUUAUACCUGUGGAAUAACAACCAAAGCCUCGCUUAUAUCACGGAUUAAUGACUGAAAGUGCCAUUGGUUUAUGCAGACAAGGGACCACAGCCAUCCUUGCGCGAGUAUUGUGGGGAAAACAAGUGUCCAUGAUGGUUUGCUGAGUCAGGAGACACCAACUCAGACUCGCCGUUUUAGUUUUUCCUCCACAAUCUCUGCUCUUUCCUCUAAAUUCUUAUCUCGUUGACCCAUGAGCUUUGACGGCAUGCUCAAGUGACGUCUGCUUUCAGGGCUCGGAUUGUGCCAUGCGUCCCGGGAAGCGCCGGAUGCCUGUUUUUUUUUUUUUUGUUUGUUAUUUUUAGUGGAGUGAACUUGUUUCCUCUGUAGCGCAGUGUCGAUCCUCUUGAUCUUUUCUUGCGUGAUCUCUGUGUUUACAGUCGCGCUGCCCAGCGGAUCAUUGCGCACCUGACGCGCUCACUAAAGCGAUUGUUUAAUGAAUGAACGGGGUACCCGAGAAGGCGAAACUCGCUUUUUCAUUCUGCUGAAGGAUUAUAGCGUGCCCGACCUUCAUUGCGGAAAAGACAGCCAGAGACUGAUGUAAAGCCUCCCGCUGAAGUACGUGCUCCCCGAGCCUUGAUCCAGCGGUUGGCAUCAUGUCUAUCCACAUAGUGGCCCUGGGUAGUGAAUAUCCGGGGGGUGUUGGACCUGGGGAGGAGACAGCCAGCCUGGGCCAGAUCCAAGGUGGCUUGCUGUGGAGUUACCUGGGCCAUGGAGCUCGAGAACUGGACCCAAACUCUGUGACGCCAUCAAGGCAUCCCCUGAACCCUGCUUUUAUGGAGUACCAGUCAAGAGUGUUUGGGGAUGUUAGAGUGAUGGUGCGAGAUUGCCCUAGUUGGGACCUUUUGGAUAGUGACUGGGCAAGUGUGCGAAGCCUUCUGGAGCAGGCCGACAUUGUGGUCAUUAAGUACUCUGUGAACGACAAACUGGCCUUUCAGCAGGUCCGAAACGGUUAUGCCCCAAGACUUCGUCCUCUUCUUCGACACUGGGGCCUGCCUGUGAUUCUGGUCGCCGUGGGGGCAAGGCUAAAUGAUGAAGGGCCACCGUGCACAUGCCCUCUGUGCGCAUCAGACUGGAGCAGCUGUGUACCGCAUACUGAGGGGCUACAGCUGUCCAGGGACCUGGGGGCCACUUACCUGGAGCUGCCCUCUCUAAACAACUUUUUUGUGGGUCGUUACUUUGGAAGUGUGCUGGAAUACUUCAUGAUUCAGUGCCUGAAGCAGAAAGCUAAAGAGCAUCCAAACAAGCGACGGGGCCAGAGGUUUAAUGAGCCGCACCCCCCUCAUCUGGACCAGCCAGCACGUCUUCCUGCGGUGAGAGUAGAGGAAUCCAGCUUCUCUCAAGACAUGCAGUUGUUGCUUGAACGUGGCGCUCAGUUUGCCGAUGUAGCAUUCUACACUGCCGAAUCUGGGAAGGAGCUGGGUUGGGCGCACGCAUCUGUGCUGUGUGCCGUUAGCCCCUAUUUCAGACAGCUGCUGGUGGGACGGCAAGCCUGGGAAAGACCUCUCUCACGUUGCACCUGCAGGGACAGAGAUGGCCCUCACUCUCUUUUAUCCACCUGGGAUGGAGGUGUGGAUGAUCUGCCCAGAGCGGAUGGGCACCCUCCUGGACACCUAUCCCGGCUGGUUGUGAAGGACGCGCUGCUGUCUUUAUGCCUGUGGGAGACAUUAAUGUUUCUUUACAGAGGGGCCUGGGAAUGGGAAUACCUGGAGGAAGCCAUCGCUGAAAAACUGAAGAACCCUUUGGUUGUAGCCCAGCUGAUGGACAGAAUUCAUUCAUUCGUUGGUAGAGAAAAGGCCCCCAGGGACACUCUCACAUCCCGCUCUCAACAAGGUCCUCUGACACUGGGCAACCUCUUUAAUUCUCCUCUAUACUCCGAUGUGAUCUUCAUGGUGCAAGGAAGCGUGUUGCCAGCACACAGAGCUGUGCUUGUGGCUCGGUGUGAUGUUAUGGCUGCCAUGUUUAGUGGGAAGUACGCAGAGGCACGAAGUCGUGUGGUGCCAAUCCAUGGAGUCUCUUCAGACACCUUCCUAGCUUUCCUAGAGUACCUCUACACUGACACUUGCUGUCCAGCCAGUGUGAUGCAGGCCAUGGCUGUGCUCGUCUGCGCAGAGAUGUACCAGGUGAAACGGCUACAGCACCUGUGUGAGGUGUGCAUCUGUGCUUACCUUCAGAGUAUGCCCAGUCGAGAGCUAGCGUCCACAGGCAUCAGUGUGAUUCGCUUGCUGAGAACAGCAAAGUGUCACAAUGCUGAUCAGCUUUAUGCUUGGCUCCUUCAUUUCAUUGCCAAUAACUACUUGAUAUUCAGCCACAAGCCUGACUUCCUGGAGCUAUCAGAUGAGGAGCGUGAGCAGGUGGAGCGACUGCGCUGGCCCUCCAGAGGUUAUCUACAGGAGCUCAGCGAGUACCAGCAACGCAGAUGGCCGGUCCGCAAGUCUCGCUGCAGCAUCAUGUGACCCAUUCUUAAUGCCCUGUUGACCGAAAGGAGGGGCGAAACAGAAAGGAUGCAAAUUAAAGUCACAAGUACAUUCAGGAAGCAAGAAACCAGCGUUUGACCUCUUGGUCAAGGGUGGAUUGUGAUGUACUGUAUUUACAUGAACUUUUACCUCUGACCCUGGGACAUAAAAGCAGACAACCGAGAAUUCUCAGUGGAAUUGGAUGGAUCCAAUGCCUGGGAAUGUGGUGAUGUCAUAUAGAGCCUUAUAGCACAGCUCUGACAAAGACAGUCACUCUGUGUGGAUAAUACUGUAACUAUAUUAUCUGUAUUAUUAUGGACAAACGAUGAUGCCUGAAUGGUGUAAUAAACUUCCUCUACGACGGAUUGAACCCCAAAGUGUUAAACAGGGUAGGGUCAACCUUAUACUCUGCAGAGUUUGACAUCAUACUCUCAUGGUUAUCCAUGGUAUUUCAAGGUGAGAUAAUGUCUUUCUUUCUGAUCUGUGGUUCCUCUUGCAAUAUUACUUGAAUCUUCAAAUGAACAAUUCAAUUGUUUAUUAUUUUUCUCCAUAACAUUAUUAGUUGAAUUAUUUGGCAACUAUUUUUGUAACAUGUACAUCUGAGAUUUUUUUUUUUUCUUCAAGAAUAUAUAUAUAUAUGAAGUACGCAUCCAGCAUGUGGACGGCCUCUUAGUGCAGUUGGUGCGGUCGACGUAGAUCCUAUUCUGGUUCAGUCUUCAGUCUAGUCCAGUUUCUUGACCCUAAUCUCAUGCUGAAUAAAUACAUUUUAGAAGGAUAUAUGUGUUUGUUCUGACAAUAUUCAAGUCUAGAUGUUUAAGUGUAAAGCAGUGGUUUUCAACUGGUGGGUCACAACCCAAGAAUGGCUUACAUGUCUGUUCUGAACGGUUUGUAAACAGCAGGGAAAAACAAUAAAAAUAAAUAAAUAGAAUAUACACACACACACACAUACACAUAUACAUAUACAUAUACAUAUAUAUAUAUAUACACACACAUAUAUACACACACACACAUAUAUAUAUAUAUGUGUAUAUAUGUGUGUGUAUAUAUGUGUAUGUAUAUACACAUACAUACACAUAUAUACAUACAUAUUGAAAAAGGCAGCAUAAAAGUAAUCCAUAUGAUUCUGCUAAAAAUCUUUGUUUGUGUUCUGCAGAAGAAAAUCAUACACAUCUGGGCCAUCAUGAGUAAAUUAUGAAAAAUGUUUACAUUUUGGGUGACCUAUCCCUUUUAAUUAUUAAAUAUCGACAAUGGCUUUACGUAGAAACAUAAUGAUUAUAUCUUUAGAAAGCUCAGACUUUCCUUUACACUUUACUGCCUAGUACUCCAAAUGUUUUUUCUGGGUCAGAUUGACUCAGAAUGAUGCAACAGGUCACAUGUUGUUUCAA